GCAAAAAAGGAAUGGAGAGUGGUAACGGAAUUUCUGCUCAAAUCUCUUAACACAGAAGUGACAUCUGAGAACAUUGACAGUUUAGUGGAAAUUGAUACUGAUGUUCUUGCUCAGUCCAGAACUCGGCCGUUGCAUUUUGACCCCACUCAGCAUAAAAUCCUGAAUUCAGAAUUGAAACAUCUGUACACUGCAAUAACUCGAGCUCGUGUCAAUGUGUGGAUAUUUGAUGAAGACAGUGAAAGACGAGCACCAAUGUUUGAAUAUUUCAAGGCUCGAGGGCUUGUGAAAUGUAUGGGAACAGAAGAGUGUGAAAAUGUAAAUGAAGCAAUCAUGUUUGCCGACAAGUCCACCGCAAAGGAAUGGAAACUUGCAGGGGAUAAAUACAUGCAUCAGAAGCUUUAUACUGUGGCUGCAAAAUGUUAUAGAUUGGCUGAACAGCCAGAGAAAGAAAAAGUGGCCAUAGCGUUUCAGACUGCAUUGGAGGCAUCAAGAAUGAAAGCUACACCCAAAGCUAUGAGAGACAAGUACUUCACAUCUGGUACACAGUUUGUAGAGUGUGGUCAUUUGCAUCAAGCAGCCAUUUGCUUCCAAAAUUCACAUGAUUUUCUUCUGUCUGCACUUGCAUUUGAGAAAAGUGGACAGUUCGAAGCAGCAGCUACCCAGUACCUGCGAGUGCAGAAACCUAUUGAUGCUAGCCAAUGUUUGGAGCAAGCUGGAAUGUUUGGCCGUGCUGUACGUGUUCUUGUUGACAAUGAACUGUUUGAUAGAGCUAUUGAUUGUCUUCACAGAUAUGAAAUGGAAGUAAAAAGGUUCAAAGAUGAAGGAAAGCCUGUUUCUGCAGUUCUCAUUGAAAACAAGCCAAGUGACCUGCAUUCUGAAGAAAGCCUUUGUUACAGGUCAGCUAAUGCCCACUUCACUCGAGGGGACAAAUGUAAAGCUAUAGAAUCAAUUAAGAGGUCCAAAAAGGUGGAGAACCAAGUUCUGUUUUUAAAAGAAAAAGAAUUAUGGGAAGAAUUAGCACUGAUUUUGAGAAAACAAGGUGACACAGAACAAGCAGCUUUGUAUAAGUUGAGGAGUGGGCAUGCUGAAGAGGCACUGGAAUGGGCCCAACAGGGUUUCCACAAAUCUUUGACAGCAUUUAUUUAUCUUGUCAUGGCACGCAGCUAUGAGAAUGUAGAGAACAAAUUGGAGAAGUUAAAGCAGUAUGCCAGCAGUGCAUUAAUAAUAUACACUGAACUUCAGGACUACAGAGGACAAGCUCUAUCCAAACUGAUGUUAGGAAAGCACACCUCAAACUUAAAACAGACUGCUGAAGCACAACAUGACUUUACAAAUGCCAAGCCCCCAAAUGUGGCAGGAGCUUUUGAGUGCUUUAAGAUCCUUGCUGCAGCCAAACAGAACUGGAACAGUUUGAAAGAUUGCCAUGAAGCUAUAAAGAAUAUUAGCAAUGGAUUUCUUAUGAUAGACAUGCUGUUGAAUCCAGCUGCAGAAAACUCUGACAAACAUCAGCUCUGUCUGUCGUUCUAUGGCUUAGAGAUGGAUGCUGUGAGACAACAAGUCAAGUGGUAUCCUCAUGAGUAUCCAUUUUGCCAAGAUUUUCUGGGGCCUGCACAGAAAGAAGCGAGAUGUGUCACACUGAGCAAAAAGGAAGCCGUCAGUGGUUUAGUGAAAUAUUUUAUCUCCAACAUUGAGAAAUGGGCAAUGAUGGUACACAGAUGGCUAGAGGAGCACAUGUUUUCCCGUACACAAUGCAUCAUUUAUAAACAAGGACAAGUCUGCAGUACUGAAGGUUGCAAAUACAUGCAUAAGCCUUAUGAAUCACGACAAGAGGAACUUGAAGCAUUAAAUUUCCUUCUAUGCUCAGUACACUUGGAUUACAGCAUGCAGACUGGCAUGGAAAAACUUGGGGAAAACAAAGCAAAGUCUGAUGUCCAGUAUCCACAAAUGGAAGCAACCAAAUGGAAUUCUGUGAAGGAGCUAAUUCAGUUUGUAUGUCCUGCUCAUCCAUCAGCUCUGAGAUGCCACUUUGAGCAUGUGCAUGAGAUUGUACGUAAAGUGCAAACCUCAAAAGUGUUACCUCAGUUGGAAAGGUACUUCCGUUAUUUGUGGGACAAUCCAGGACGUGUAGGGAGAGGGGUCUCACAAAAAAUCAGUAAAGAGCGGUGUAAAUCAGCAGAUUGGAUUGUUCAAGCUUGUUUCUUUGCCUCUCUGUUCAGGCUGAAAAUUAAUGUGGCGGCAGAAGUCAGUGACCUGGAGAAGAAACUGAUGAACAGUUCCCGAAAAGACUGGGAUUUACAAACGUUUUCAAGUAUGCUCUCUUUGCUGCAAAGAGUAAAAACACUCGAGGCGUUAAUAGUAAAGCUAUUUGCUCAAGAUUUCUCGAGUCAUUUGAGAGUUGAUACGAAGAUUUCCUCAAGAUUUGUAUGA